CCAGCUGUUGGCAAAUGACCCGUAACUCCACCAUCCGGUAACAUCGUGCCAACACACCAGCACUGCCCUCGUCAUUAUAUGCCCUCUCAAAACACGCAAGAAGAAUCUGAGAAGACAGCGACUGUGCAUGGACUGGAAUAACUGAAAUUGGCUUAGAUUACCUACAAUCUAUAGUACAUCCUUGAUCCUAUGAUUUUUUUGUUUUUGUCUGUAAGGUCGUGCUGCAAUAGCGCUAGAUAAGCUUUGCUUGGACUGGCGUGUGCAUCUCAAGAGCAGACGAAGACAGCAGUAACCUACAUUUUCAUUGACAGAAAUUGAUGCCCCUGAUCCAAAGUAUUCUGUGGAGCACUCUUCCGGGAUAUUUCUGCCAGAUAACUUCAGAACAUGAGGAAUGCAUAGGAAUCAUUCCUCGUGGAAGGUAAAUUGCAGCUCUUCUUCCAGAAAUAAGUGUACUUUGCUUGACUUUUCUAAAUAAUAAUAAUACAAUUAAUAUAUAAGAAUUUAACAAUUUACAGCAAACAUGUAAAUAUCUUUCAGUGGGUAGUGUAUGCAUACAUGAUUGUCCCAUUUAUUGUUAGGUAUAAGAUGUUUCAAACAGCGAAACCCCAACCCUAAACUAACCGUCAGUGGAGUAAAAAUGUAAUCUUAAAGGGAAAUUGGAACCACUGAAUCGCAUUCGACACUAAGAAUGCAAACAUGAUUACUUCCUGGUUUCAAUGCAGGAUGUUACUUGGGUCUCCCAUGCAGUUGACGCAACGGGCUUCCAGUUGUGCAAUAGAAGUAUUAUAGGACCAUUGCUUGGGAUGGCCUUUUUACCAACUCUACAAUGUGGAUAUUAACCAUGUGAAAGAUCUGGCAAAACAAAAUGGGGAUAGCUGAGAGGUCAUGUGUGGUGGUGAGCAGCUGAGGUCGGCUGUGAUCAGGGUCUUCUCGUCUGGCUGAUAGCAUGUACAGGAGGAAUGGGCUCCCUGCCAGCGUCAGCAUCACCUCCCGCCACACACAGGACAGCAGUAGUUCAGAGUCUCUGGAUGGACGGAGCUUGGACUCUGCCAAGAGUUUUGAUGCGGUGGUGUUUGACAUGCUCAAAGUGACACCUGAGGAGUUUGCUAGUCAAAUCACUUUGAUGGAUGCUCCUGUGUUCAAAGUGAUACAGCCUGAGGAGCUGGCGAGCUGUGGAUGGAACAAGAAGGAGAAGCACAGCCUUUCACCCAACGUUGUGGCCUUCACACGGAGAUUCAACCAGGUCAGUUUCUGGGCAGUGAGAGAGAUAUUGACAGCUCAAACACUGAAAAUCCGAGCUGAAAUAUUGGGCCACUUCAUCAAAAUUGCGAAGAAACUCCUGGAACUGAAUAACUUGCACUCCCUGGUGUCUGUGGUUUCUGCCCUUCAGAGUGCACCGAUAUUCAGACUCAGCAAAACCUGGGCGCUGAUUAGUCGAAAGGACAAAGCCACCCUUGAGAAGCUGGACUUCCUGACGUCAAAGGAGGAGAAUUACAACCGUAUGAGAGAGUACAUCAGAUCCCUCAAAAUGGUCCCCUGCAUCCCCUAUCUAGGAAUUUACCUGUUUGAUAUGACCUACAUUGACUCCGCCUAUCCAGCCUCUGACAGCAUCAUAGAGACUGAGCAGAGAACCAAUCAGAUGAACAAUCUGCUGCGCAUCAUCUCUGACCUUCAGAUGUCCUGUAACUAUGAUCAUUUGGUGAUGUUACCACAUGUGCAGAAGUAUUUGAUGUCAGUGCGCUACAUUGAAGAGCUGCAGAAGUUUGUGGAAGAUGACAAUUACUUUCUGUCAUUGAAGAUUGAACCUGGGAACAGCUCACCUCGCCUGGUAUCCUCCAAAGAAGAUUUUGGAGGACCCUCAGAAGUGUCAGCGUCAGUGAGGUAUAACCGUCGGCCGACCUGUCCUGAUACAUCGGUGGUUGCAAACCUCCCCACACCACCUCCUGCCCGUCACAGGAAGAGCCACAGUCUGGGGAAUAAUAUGAUGUGCCAGUUUGGUGUGGUGGAGAGUAAAAGUGCGACUUUCCCUGCAAAAGAAAAGGCUCGACACCUGUUGGAUGACAGCUUCUUGGAGUCUCACAGUCCAGUCAGAAACCAUACAUAUGAUUCAGUAUUCACCAAUGGCAUCUCAUUGGGCAGUAGAGAAAGUUCUUUUAGUGAUGAAUUAUCAAGUACUGUGGAGAGAGGACGUAUGUAUGCAACACUCGGUCCAAACUGGCGAGUCCCAGUUUGUAACUCUCCUAGAAGUAGACGUUAUGUUUACAGCACCCCUGGAGCAGUAUCAAGCUAUGAGUGCAGUUCUCUGAGCAGUAUAACCAUUGAAGGGCCUCUACGAAGGAAGACACUGAUGAAGGAGGGUAAAAAACCCACUCUCUCAUCCUGGAAGCGUUACUGGAUUGUCCUUUCUGGCCCAGUUCUUAUCUAUUUUGGUUCUAAAGCUCUAAGAGCAAAUGAGCGAAGACAUUACAAAUCCAGGCCAUGUAAAAAGAUCACACUCACAGGAUGGAUGGUGGUGCUGCCUGACAACCCUGAACACCCAAACAUAUUCCAGCUCACUGAUCCUGAAAGAGGUAAUGUUUACAAGUUCCAGACUGGAUCUCGUUUCUCUGCGAUUAUCUGGCACAAACAUCUUGCUGAGGCUUGCAGGAGUACAAGACCACAGAUACCAGCAAACCUCAUGUCAUUUGAAUAGCUGCUUCGUGGAACAUGGAAAACAAAGCAGUGGAAUUUAAGAAGAUGAAGUGAAAACCUAUAGAUCAAAAAGACAUUAAGGAAGAGUUUUUUUUUUUUUUUUUUUUUUAUCUUUUGGCUAUAUAUAGCUAAAAGGGGACAGCAUUUUGUGACUUUGUAGGAAGAAAUAAACUUGGUUUUAUGCACUUCUGCAUAUCCCUCCCUUUGUGCAGAUCAACCUUAUAUACCUGGAAUGGAAAAAUAUGUUGUGGCAGCUGUAUGAGUAAAAGGUCAGGAACUCUGUCAAAUACUGGAGACACAGCUGUGUCCAGAGAAGAUGAUUUUGUGUCUUGAAUUAAAGGGAUAGUUCGCCCAAAAAUGAA